AUGUUGAGACUGCGCCUGACCUGCCUUUCAUUGCUUUGCUUCAGAUGUUGCUGCAUGCCGCUGGAGGGAUCUGCGCAAUGUCCAUGUAUCAAUGUGACCGAAGCUUCAUAUGGUUUUGGCUGCCGUGAUCACGAUUCGGAUGGCAUGGUAAAUAGUGAGUGCAAUAGCACCUCUGCCCCUGGCUGGUGUGAUGACCACUGGUGCUACGUUGACCCAGCCAACUGCUACGCUACGAACAAGCCCUCGAGCCGGUUAGAUGCGCAUUGGUCGUAUACCACAUGUGGCUAUCGAGAUCUAUUUUCCCUGUCCAACAUCACGGAAAGUAUCCGUGGCAAGGUUUUGAAGGUGGUCUUUAUCGGGAACACGGGAGGUUGGAAAGGAAACUAUUGCACCAGAGGUCAACUUUGCUUAAACCGAGGUACUGGCCCCACGCAGCGUGCCUUCGACUUGCUGACGGCUUCCGCGGGUUUUCAGACGCAACAGCUGCAGGAGAUCCCACUGGCGGCGCUCGAGCAGAUGCAACGAGUGAAACCAGGCGGUUCCACCUUUGAUCUUUGCACGUGGGCCACGGGAAUGGGUUUGUUGGACGUUUGUGUUUGUUCGAUGCUCAUGGUUCCACGCCGCACAGAUGCCAGCCACUUUGUGACGCUGUGGACCGAACCGACGGUGCUUGUGGGGCCUGUGGUGCAAGCAAAGCCUUCCACGGAUUUCGGGUCCAUGAUUGGAGCAGCCUUCCGACCCUUCAGCCCCAUGCUGUGGCUCACGGUGCUUUGUGUUACUGUGGUGCUGUCGUCGACGAUCAUUAUCUUUGAACGGCAAGAACAUGGACAAUUCAACCAGUCCGAGCUCGGGGAAUCUCUGGGAGACGGCCUUUACCAAGCCUGGCUCGGACUGGUGACGUUUCAGGUGUGCUUUGAUCCCAAGACCGUGGGAGGUCGGAUCGUUUCCUUGGGACUGCAAUUUCUAUUCAUUCUGCUGGUGUGCGGCUACACAGCAAGUCUGGCAUCCUUUUUGGUCGUCGAAGGUCGAUUAGGAUCUCCAGUUUCCAACUUGAACGAUGUGAUCCGACUCAACUACAAGGUUUGCGCACAUCGAAGUGAUGCAGAACAAGUCCUUCUGAACGGUGUGUUGGCGCAGAACAUCGUGGUGUUGCAAUCCCGCGCCGAUGUCUUGCCCUCGGUGAGUUCCAGCUGUCAAGUGGCCGUGCUGCGGCAAGAGGACUUCGAAGCUUCACAGGCAGUGAAUGCAGGCAGUUUCUGCGAUCUGCAAAAGAUUGGAGAGCCUUUGUUUGCGAGUGUCAUUGGUAUGGCAGUCUCUGAGAGAUGGGUGCGGCCACUGAACUAUGCCUUCACCUCCUUAGCUGGUGAGGGAGAGGCCACGGCGGAGCCAUUGGCGCUGAAUGUGGAUGGCAUGGCGGGACCCUUCGUGCUCACGGGGUUGGUGUCCUGUUUCGGCCUCAUGGCACAUCUGUCCAAAGCGCACCUGGACCGGCGACGGGUCCGACGGCUGCGGCUUCAGGGCGCGGGCUUGGCAGUGGCGCAGCUGGACGGGCCGGUGAAGGAAGAGGCAGAUGAUAUGGAUCUGGUGGAGGAAGUGCCUAUUUCAGUUGAUGUCAACGCGAUAAAGCAAAGGGAUGUAAGUGGUGCGAAAUGA